AUGGCACCACUUGUGAUAAAGCAGCUUGGCGCAUUAUUAUGGAAAAGUUGGAUCGUUCGGCGCAAACACUGGAUCUCCGGCCUAUUUGAGCUGUUACUGCCUAUAAUACUGGGCGCCGCGAUUGCCGGCAAUUACGUCAAUAGCAACUCGCUGGACAAAAACAGCUCGAGCGGGUCCGGUGGUGGUGGCACCGGGUGGCAAAAGCCCACUUACUACGAGCCGUCUGAGCCGUACAACAUGAGCAAUUUGUUUCACAGCAAAUACCGAACACUUAGCGUAUACUAUUCGCCCAAUACCAGCGAGGUGGCCAACAAAAUAAUGAGCAAGUUCGUUUACCGUUACAACGUAACGGAAGAGCGCGAUCGGGCUACGAUCGACAAGUUUGGCAGUUUCGCUACAGAGGCCGAGCUCGAGCACCAUUUGUACGUGAGCUCCAGUAGUUGGGGUAUAGGACUGGUGUUUAUGGACACCGGUAGCGAUCAUAAUGCGUUAAAACUCAAAAUCAGGCCCACCGGCUACUCUGGCAUGAUUGACCUGGUCAAUCGGAAACACCCAGAGACCGAUAAUGGCCCGUCGCAAUAUAGUAAUGGCAAAGAAUACGAACGUGAAUUCAGCCAGGUUCAGGUGGCCGUGUAUGAGCUGUACGCCGACUAUCUGGCUAAUAGGGCCGACGAUGACGAGCAGUCAACUACCGGUGUGACCGGCGGAAUGAAUUGGUUAGAAAUGCUGGGAAUGGUAGUCAUCACAAGUUAUAUAAUAAUGUGUCCAUUGAUUGUGAAACGUAUUUGCGAUGAAAAGGCGGCCAAAGCUAAGGAAAUGCUCAAAAUGAUGGUGUUUAAUCGCCCGGUGAUCGGUGUAGUGGUCAGUGUUGUGCUGUUUGAGAUCUCGCAUGCGGUGCCAAUGGGAGUGUUGAGCACAAUGUAUAACCCAAAUAUGGAUGUCGAGGGCACCACCGGUUGGCGUAUACUCACCUGUUUUUUGCCCAACUCAGGCAUGCAAUGGUAUUUCUCAGCUUUGGGUCAAUGGGAGUUAAAAGGUCAGGGAUUGACCUGGGAUAAUAUAUGGUCAGAUGCGCCCACAUUAGGUCAUUUUAGCGGUGGUUUAAUACUAUUACUGCAGUUAAUGUCUAUACUUUUCUACGGCUUGCUCAUAUGGUAUGUGGACAAUGUAUGGCCAUGGCAGUUUGGCAUACCUAAGCCCGUGUAUUAUCCGUUUUUACCCUCGUAUUGGUUCCCAAAACAGGGCAAAAAUCAAGAAAUUUAUUCAUCAAAAAAUGAUGAAAAUAAAAAUGCAAAACACUUUGAAAGAGAGCCGUUGAACACAAGGGUUGGCAUAAAGUGUGAGAAAUUGCAUAAAAUGUUUGGCAAUAAGACGGCUGUCGGCGAUAUGUCUCUCAACAUAUAUGGCGGACAAAUAACUGUACUGUUGGGCCAUAACGGCGCCGGAAAGACCACUACAAUGAAUAUGAUUACCGGUAUAUUCCCGCCCACUUCGGGCACUGCAUAUAUCAGUGGCUAUGAUAUCAGACAACAGACUCGUAGUGCUCGCAAAAGUCUUGGACUGUGCCCACAGGAAAACAUUUUAUACAGUGAGUUAGAUGUAAGCCAACAUUUAAAACUAUACGCUAUACUGAAAGGCUAUCCCUGGGCUGAUGUCAAUAAUGAAGUGCAAAAAAUUACAGCUUUAGUUGACUUAACAGAUAAGGCAAACACUAUGUCUACAGAUCUAUCCGGAGGUAUGAAACGCAAGCUAUCACUCGGUAUAGCAAUGAUAGGCAACACUGAGAUCCAUUAUGACCUACUCGGCUGGAGACCAUACCUAGGCCUCCGCGCUUCUGUAUACACCCUACAGAAUGAGAAUAUCAGAUCCGAAAGAACUAUAUUAUUGACCACUCAUUACAUGGAAGAGGCGGAUGCUUUGGCCGAUAGGAUCGCUAUUAUGAGUGAAGGCGAAGUGAAAUGCUGUGGUAGCCCUAUGUUUUUGAAAAAAGCAUUUGGCGCCGGAUAUCACCUCCGGAUCGCUAAGAACCGGGAGUUUAACAGCCAAUCGGUGCUCAAUAUUAUACGCAAAACAAUGCCAAACGCGGACAUCAAAAGUGAGAUCAAUUCGGAGAUCAUAUACUCGUUGGAAGACAGCGACGAACGCGAGAGGAUUGAUACUCAAAGCCAAACCAAUGGCCAACUGAUCCAACUCUUCACUCACUUAGAGUCGCGUAAACACGAGUUAAACAUCGAGACCUACGGUCUGACUGUGACCACAAUGGAGGACGUCUUCCUCCGAGUGGGCAACGAAUAUAUGGACACCUCUUCGGUCGAAGAGAUAAGCAAAGCGUCCACUAAUUCACUUCAAGACGCGGACCUAUUGUCACAUAAUAUCUGUCGAAAUACUGGUAGUAAACUUCGGGCGCAACAGUUUUGGGCACUUUUCCUGAAACGCUUUCACUACGCGAAGAGGUAUUGGCCAAUGAUUAUUCUCCAGACGAUACUUCCGGCCAUACUAUUCAUGUGUAUCUUAUUGUUGGAUCAGUCGUUGAAGAAGACCACUACUAACCAGUCGGCAACCAAUAACCUGGAGUUGAGUUUGAAAAUGUAUGGCCCGACACAGGGUUUCAUGCAAUCAUCGAGUGCUGCCUUCAAACAGUUUACCGAUACAUACAUUGAAGUGUCCAAAACACAGGACAUGACCACAACAGAGAUUAUAGAAAACCCAAACAAUUGGACCCUAUCUGGCAAUCGGGGCGACGAUAUUGAUAAAUAUAUCAACACUUAUUUAGUCGGCGCUCAGAUCAACGACACGACCGACGACACCACGAAUACCGGCGAACCAACGCUAAUAUUAAAGCCCUGGUAUAAUCAGGAGGCCAUACACUCACUCCCGGUGUCCAUCAAUUUCCUAUACGAAACACUAUUGAAGCAAAAAUUCAAUGAUAAAAAACCAUCGAUCACACUAUACAACCACCCGAUAUUAUAUGAUCAAAGUUCAAAUACCAUGUUUAUGGUACAAAUGACCAUGCUGGUCACGUGCCUACUGUUAGUGCCCCUAACGGUGCCAUUUAUCGGCGCCUCGUAUGCGUUGUUCCCAAUCCAUGAGCGCAUCACUCAAUCAAAACUAUUACAGUUAAUGAAUGGCAUAUCUGUUCACACGUUUUGGGCGGCGAGUUAUCUCUUUGAUAUCAUUAACCAUUUGUUGGCAUCUAUUAUACUCUUCAUUGUAUUCGCCAUUUUUGAUUUCGAUAAAAUUUUUAUGGGCAAUGGUAAGAAUACACCUUGA